UAAUGCUUUUUUGUCUUACUCUGCAAGCUUGCGCGUGGUUUAAAUAAAUAAAUGCGAUAACAUCUUAGAUUCUAUUAUUUUCAUGUUUAUUAUCUCUCAAGUGUUUGCGUUACGCUGACUCAGUGUCAUCUAAAAGUUUAUACAACACAGAUUUACGCGCAAGUAGACUGUUUAGCGAAAGUCAUGCUAACUGAGCAUCUACAUAUAAAUGGAACGUUUAACAUUUUCACAUGAACCCGUUUAAUGUGUUAUUAUGUGUUAUAAAAUAAUAAUGAGGAAAAUAUAUUUACAUUAACAAGAACGUUUUGGACGUUGGACAGUGUGUUUACGUACUUUUAAAUGUUUUAGUGUUUAACUACACGUUAACUUAUCUGCGGUAUUUUUAAAGGAGAUAUAUAACACAAAUUGAUCUGAUAUGCAAGGUUGAAAGGAUAUUGUUUGAUCGAUAAUCUUGAGUUGCUUUUUUAAUGUUAAGCACAAUUGUAAACAACUACAUGUGUAUAUUACUUGCAUUAAUGGUAAUGACCCGGUAAAUACAAGAAGGCUUCAUUCAUGGUGGACCUUAUCGUGAUAACAACAGUUUAAAUGUCAAAAAGCCGUAUACGUAAAUGAUAUGCAAAGGUGUGUGCUAUUUUAUCACAGUAUCAACAACGAAGUCAAAAAGAGAAUUUAUUUGUGGUAAAAAAUGCAAGCUUUGGAAAUUUUUGCUACACAAUCGGAUAUGAAUAAGAUUGAUGUUUAUUUAUUAAUUUCAAAAGGAUUUUCAAUUAUCUAAACAUGCACUCGGUAAACCUAGAAAGUGGCGAUUAUAAUGUUGUGAUUUCUAAGUGAAAUGGUCAAAAUUCGUUGGUAUACUGGCAUGAAAAUGACGUAGUUAAAAUGUCUCAUAGGAGGAAACAUUUAAAAUGGUCUAUGAUGAAAUACGACCUGAAAACUGGGCUUGAUAUCCUUAAAAUGCCAUGUUUGUUAAAGGUCGCCAACGACACGCUCGGUUCAACACUGGAGGAUACUUACGGAAGUGACGUUAUAAGGAAUAAGUCAAAAGGCUGCAGGAUUAAAUUCGAGAAGAACUUGUGCGUAUGUUUUGUCCGUGCACGUAUUUUGGAUUUAGAUGACAUUGAUUGGUUUAAAUUGAAGAAAGGGGCGGAGUUUGUACGGAGCCAUAGUCUUAUGGUCGGGUCAGAAAUCCUGAUACCGUUAUAUUAUGGCGGGAAAAUAAGGUUAUAUGAGAGAACUGGUGGUCGUACAUAUUACAAUAUUCGAGAGGUAAUUGAAGACUUCCCACGAUUUGUAAGGGUAGACAAAGAUACAGUAUGCGUCUCUCCGGGUAUACAGACGACACAAAUUGUUUACAAAGGGACAAUACUCGAGCUAGACCGCAUUACCAAAAGUAUUCAAAAUGUCAGAGGAUCACGGGAAACGUAUCUGAUUUGUUUAGAUAGCGAAAACUCUCGAGAACUAGCAUUCCGGCAACUGGCACCAAUCCAGUUUACAAAAGUCCCUGAUAUGACCAAAGACAAUCUAAAAGAUUUCGUAGAGCAUUUACCCUUACCCCAGGUUGUGGAAUUUUUAGAUAUUAACCCAUAUGACGUAAUUUCCGUUGACGAUGACGAUGCGAGAGAUGUGUUGGUCAUGUUAGCAGGCCCCAUAGAGUUGCUAGGUCUACAACUGGAUCAUUUUGUUGUUGGGAAAGUGGAUGAAGAUGAAGAUAAUAUUUGUGAUUUAAUUGCUGUCCCUGCAAAAGAAAAUGUGAUAAAUUCAUUCUAUGUCCAUAUACCAGUUGAAAGGGACAGUAAUAGACGCGCAUCUUCUAUUUCCUCCGGUGAAUACGUAGAUCUGGCUGUAAGUGAUGAUCGUGCAUAUGAUUCUUUAGAACAGAAGCUAUAUUUACGUUACACUGACGAUGAUACACCGUUGAUUGUCAGAACAAGUAAUACAGAAGUUUUCAGAUAUGAAGUUGAAGAAUUGCCAGACACCCCACCUCUACCAGAAAAACAUGACGAAUGUUCAUUAAAGCACACUUUAUCUGAACCCUCGGUCAACUCAGACAGCAAGACAAGUGACCGGCCAAUACAACGGAGACGGUUCUUUUCUGCAAAUGAUUAUGAACUUCGGACUACAAAUCUGCAUCCAGAAAGAGAGCAUAAUGGCAUUAAAACAUACAUUUCACAACUCUCCAGAAGGAUGAAAUCAACCGCUUCACAAAUUCUUUUUGGAAUCGAAGCAUUUUCUGGUGCCGUUGACCAGGAUUUAGAAUUUGGCGGGAAACAAUUUGGCGGGAAACAGUCAAGACCCAGUAUAAGAGAAAAACCUUCGAAAGACGAGAACGUUGGAUUUAUAUGUUAUAUCGACACUGAUCUAACAUACGAGAAAAGUUUGGAAUUAAAUGAAGUUAAGUUUAAAUCAACUGAGUGUAGCACUAGUGAAAGAAGUGACAAGGGUGAUGUGAUUUACGCUUCAGUUGACGUGUUAAAGAAAACAUCAAAUGCAAUACAACUUAAUCACCCAUGUCCCUUUUGUAGGGAGAGUUUAAAGAUGAAUAAUUAAAUGUAAAACUACAAUGUUUUGUGAUUCUUCCUAUACAGUUUAUUUUGAUAAUUUUACAUUAUACAAUAUGAAGUAUAAAUAUUUUAUAUAAUUAUUUACUACUUGAA